AUGCUGAAGAUGUCCCAUGGCCACACGACCCAGGAAACCCUGGAAAUCAUGAAGGAGUCAGAAAAACGCCUGGUUGAAGAGUCUGUGAACAGAAGCAAGGCCCUAUCAAGAUCACCAAGUAAAGACGAACCAGAAUCCGAUGAGCCGAAUUCACGUCAAGAACCACAGUCAAACUCUAAAAUGAAGCUGGUAAGAAGUUUAGCGGUGUGUGAAGAGUCAUCUGGGCCAUAUGUUGAUGGCUCUUUGGAACCUCAGGAUGUUAUUCACUUGCAUAUUAGUUGUCCUUCUGAUAAGGAAGAGAAGUGCUGUAAGGAUGGACCUGAGAAGGAUGAGAAAAAUAAAGAAAAAGGGCCAAAGAAAAUGCUGUCUAGAGAUUCUAGUCAGGAGUACACAGAUUCUACUGGAAUAGAUGUACAUGAAUUUUUAGUUAACACACUGAAGAAUAACCCAAGGGAUAGAAUGAUGCUGCUAAAAUUAGAACAAGAAAUCCUUGAAUUUAUUAAUGAUAAUAGCAAUCAGUUUAAGAAGUUUCCACAGAUGACCUCAUAUCACAGGAUGCUUUUACAUCGUGCUGCUGCUUAUUUCGGCAUGGAUCAUAACGUAGACCAAACGGGCAAAGCCGUGAUUAUUAAUAAAACCAGUAACACACGAAUACCUGAACAAAGGUUUUCUGAGCACAUCAAAGAUGAAAAGAGUUGUGAAUUUCAACAAAGAUUCAUCCUAAAAAAGAGACGAUGCCAGCAUGGACCGUGAUGAUAAUCAGAUUAGAGUACCUUUGCAAGAUGGAAGGAGGAGUAAAUCCAUAGAAGAGCGAGAGGAGGAGUAUCAGAGAGUUCGGGAGAGAAUUUUCGCAAGGGAGUCAGCUCAGAACGGUCAUAUUACUGAUAGCAGAGGCAACAGAGACUUUCUGAAUAGAGGCUCUGGUAGUCGACAGAGCAGUACUGAAAGUGAACUGAAAUCUCUGGAUCCAAGACCUUGGAGCAGCACAGACUCUGAUGGUUCCUGCCGCAAUAUGCGUCCUCCAGUAACCAAAGCCAGCAGCUUUAGUGGCAUUUCUAUCUUGACCAGGGGAGAUAGCAUUGGCAGCAGUAAGAAUGCAGCCAACCGGACAGGCCGACCAGGCUUGCCGAUCAGCACCCCAGAAGUAUGCAGCCAAGCCACCUCCUCGCAGCAGUCCACUAGAAGCGUCAUACCUUGCACUGCACAGCAACAACAUCCCCAUCCUCACCAGGCACUUCCACCCACUCCUCAGCAACAAUCCAUGAGUAACCACUUAAUGUCACAGGCUGAUGAUUUGAACAGUCACUUUGGGCAGAUGACUCUCAGUCGGCAGGGUUCAUCUGAGGCUCCUGAUCCUUCUACUGCCAUCUACCAGUCACCUCUUAUAUCCCAGCAUCCCCAGCAAGCUGGCUUCAUCAUGACAUCUGGGGGACAAGCCAUCCCUCCGACUGGCUACCCUUCCUCAGGGCACCCUUCCCCAACCCAGCAAGUCAUGCCACCACAGGGAUUCAUGCAGCCUCCACAACAAAUUCAGGUCUCUUAUUAUCCCACGGGUCAGUACCCAAACUCUAGCCAGCAAUACCGACCUCUCUCGCACCCAGCAGCCUACAAUUCACAGCGCAAUCAGCAGGUCACCCAGCCGCCUCAGCAACCUGGUAUGCAGCCCAUAAUUUCCAACCAGCCACCUGCUUACCAGGGAAUGAUGGGUGUCCAGCAGUCACAAAAUCCUGCAAUGCUUAAUAAUCAGAGGACAAGUGUUGGAAAUCAAAUGCAAAGCAUGAUGGUGCAGUACACUCCACUUCCUUCAUAUCAGGUUCCAGUGGGAAACGAAUCACAGGGAGUUGUGCCACAGACUUAUCAGCAAUCUGUACUUGUUCCCACCAAUCAGUCUGUGCAAGGAACUAUGCCAGCUGGAGGGAUGCCAGUCUACUACAGUGUGUUAUACCACCAGCACAGCAAAAUGGUUCCAGCACUUCUGUGGGAUAUCUUCCUCCUGGCUCUGAACAGUACCAGAUGCCUCAGUCUCCUUCCCCCUGUAGUCCUCAGCAAAUGCAACAGCAGUAUUCAGGUGUCAACCCUUCAAGCCUGGGUGUGGUGGUAAUGCAGCUGAAUGUACCCAAUGGCCCACAGACAACAUCACAGAACCCACCAGUAGUCCAAUGGAACCAUUGCAAAUAUUUUAGUGUUGACCAAAGGGGUCAGAAACCUGAGCAUCUGUAUGCUGCAGAUGCCAACACUCAGGCCAGUAAUCUUAUGAACAGCCCUAUUACAUCCCCAGCACAGUCACCAACGCCUUCUCCGGGCUCGAACAUGAACAGCGUCUGCACUGGACUUUCACCACUAUCUGUCAUUCCUCAGUUUCCCCCGACCUGUUGGCCCUGCACAAGGAGAUGCUCGGUAUUCUUUGCUUGGACAGCCACUUCAGUACAACCUUUCCGUUUGUCCCCCGAUACUGCACAGCCAGCCCCCCUAUUCUGCACAACUGACAGGAAUGAAACAUGGGAACCGAGGAAAGAGGCAAGCACUAAAAUCAGCAUCUACAGACCUUGGUUCAGCAGAUAUAGUCCUGGGCCGUGUUCUGGAGAUUACAGACCUACCAGAAGGCAUCACUCGAGCAGAAGCAGGAAAACUUUUCACACAGCUGGCAAUGUCUGGGGCCAAAAUACAGUGGUUGAGGGACGCUCAGGGUCAUGCCCCAGGGCCUAGUGGCAACAAUAAUGGACCUGCAGAAAAUGGCCGCCAAAUUCACAACAAUGAUCUGGCAGCCUUUUUAUACCAUCGUGGCAGUCUUCCCCAGCACCAUGGCAGCACAGAACGCCUCAGUGCAGCAAAACAGUCCACUCAGCCGCUUCAAGUUGCGCAGCAUCAAAAAGAACUAUGAUUUGCGCAUACUGGAACGUGCCAGCUCGCAAUAG